UCACGGUCGAAGAAAUCCGAUGGGGAGAAAUCAAACAGAAAAAAAAAAAUAAAAAAAAUCUUACUGCUUCACAAUUGUGGCCGCCAUUAAUUCCAUCAACUUCCCCAGAUCACCAGAAAUCAACACCUUAAAUCCCAGAUCCAUGCUCUUGUUUUUUGCUAAUACCCAUCUCAAUUUCCCAGCAACAUCUCUUAUUACUUCUGUUUCUUGAUCAAAUCCCCUGAGUCAUCAAUCCAUUACUUCUCCAUAUCCCCAAUUUCUGCCUUGCUGAAAACUCAAAUUCAUCUUUAUUCGAAGCUAUGGCCAUGGCAACACAUACCCAUCUGCUCUUGAUACCAGCAGAUCUACAACCACCGACACCUUUGUAGGGUAAAUAAUCGAAUUCCAUGAAAACUUGGUCGACUUUAUCUCAGUUAAUACUAGUAUUUAAGAUCAUAUGAAAAACCCCAAUUAAUUUCCUUUUUUCUCUCGUACAGCCACCGUCUAUCACCUUUUCUUCUCAAAGUUGUUGUGUGUUUCUCAAUUGAAUUUCGAAGGAACCAAAACAGCAGUGAGCCUAGAACCCUAAUUUGUUGUUGUCAAUUGCCUAAAUUUCAGCCGACAAACGAGCCCGAUUUCAACCCAAUCUGUAUUUCCUUCUUAGCUCUCUAAUAUGCAAUCUUAUUCUUCAUCUCCCAACCCAUCUGACCUUCGAACUCUCAAGUGUUCUUCACCCUGUCUCAAUUGAAAACAGCUACAGAUCCCCUUCUUCACCAGCAGCAACUGAUGAGAAAGAAAAGAGGAAGACGAGGAUAACUCGGGCAUUUCACCAAAAAUUUUUACUUUUUUGCCACGUGUAUAGUACUGCCAUGUCAACUGGAAAAUCAACGGAAUAUAUAACGAGAGGAGAUUUCAGUAAUUUUAUUUCUGUAGACGAGACAAUUCAAAUUAUGAUCUUCGGCAGGAAAGAGAUUAACGUUGAUUCACGGUUGGGUUUUUCUAAAAAGAAGAAAUCCCAUCGAGACCAAGCUAAUAUGAACCAAGUUUUGUGUUUAGGGUUUCAAUUAAAUCUUUUUCUACUGUUGAUUCUUCGUUACCAACAGCAGUAUCUGAUCUUUAAAGAAGAAAUCCCAUCGAGACCAAGGUGUUUUUGGAAAAAUAAGCUUUUGCGGCGAAAUUGGCUCGAAAAUUGGUAUUUGCAUUCACCGGAGAAAAGUGCUAAAUGGACCCAAGAUUUGGAUAAGGGGCACCUCGUUUGCUAAGGGGUAGCCCAGCUG